UAAGUGACAUUGACAGCUAUUUUAAUUUGGCCGUUUGUUUUGAUUUUAAAAAUUCCACUUUAGUAUUUGAAAUUUAAACAAAAAAAAAACAAUCUUUAAAUACUACAUGUAAUAUUCUCAUAAGUUUCCGUACGUAAUUGGACACAAUGAGCACUAGCAAAUGGCGAGACAUUGUACCUGGCAGAAAACGGUUCAACCUGACGCCUCUUAACCUCGAGGCGAUCAGGAAUGAAAUGCAAGACUCCUCUUAUAGUGAGGAAUCUGAGGCCGAAGAUGAUACCUCGGAACAUGCAAUUUUAAAUAGGAGUUUUAGUGAUCAAACUUCACCGAAACCCACUGAGGUUACCAAUAAGACUGAAGAAGUCGAUGGCAAUUAUAGUUCCAAACGAGAGGAGGAUUUAAGUAAGGAAGGAGUAAAUGAGAAAGAAGGAAGUCAUAGUCAGGAUAUAUUUACAAGUUUAAAUGGUAUUCAUGCAAAUAAAAGUGUCUCCAAGAAUACCCCUGUAAGGUUUGAAAAGCCCAGUCAAAGGCAAUUAAGCCAUUUCUUAGAAACUGUUCCAGAAAAUGCAAUAAAAUACUCGGCUCAAAAGACAAACUUAUCAAUCAAAAACAAGGAAAACAUGUGCAUUAGUACAGAACCACUAAACAAAUCCAAGGAUAAGAGUAAAAAUGACAGUUUCGACUUGGACUUUUCUGCUUUAUCCUUGCACACCCCGAUCAAAAAAAAAGAAAAACUUUUCAACUAUGUGACCCCGAAAAUCAACAUUAUACCAACAUCAGUUAAUAAAUCAGAAAGACCUUCAAUGUUCAAGACUCCAAUGAAUAAGGGCCAUUUUAGUAAGCCACUAUUUAAGACUCCUAUAAACAAACCAUUAGUAACCACUACAAUAUAUUCUGGAAAAGCUGCACCUGUUUAUACAGCAAGAGGUACCCCAGGGGGUAACCAGAGUAGCAUUUUAUCGGAACUAUCAGACAGUCAAAGGUUUUUCCAGAUUGCUCAACCAAAACCAGUGAUCUACUCCUCGGAGGAUAGAUUUAACCGGAUUUGUGUGAACAACAUAGAAUAUGUCAUACUAAAAAUGUUGGGCAAAGGCGGCAGUUCAGAGGUGUUUUACGGUUUUAAUAAGGAAGAACAUCUGGAUGUGGCCAUUAAAUUGGUGUCUUUGGCAGAUCAUAAUACUGCCGAGGGCUAUGUCAAUGAAGUGAAACUUUUGGAAACCCUACAGGAUUGUGAUAGAAUUAUCAAAUUGUAUGAUUAUGAAAUCCGAGAUGAAAAACUACUGAUAGUAUUAGAAAAGAGCGGCGAAGACUUGAGCUCAAUAUUAAAGCAGUUGGCGGUCAAGGAAUCACAGCUGCCCACCCACAUGUUGCUCUUCUACUGGAUGGAAAUGUUGUAUGCGGUUAAACAAAUCCAUUCAAAAGGCGUUAUACAUUCAGACCUAAAACCCGCCAACUUUUUAAGAUCAGAAGGCGGAUUGAAACUGAUUGAUUUCGGGAUAGCGAGCAAAGUUCAGGACGGUAUGACGUGCGUGUUUAAACACUCCCAGGAGGGAUCUUGCAACUAUAUUAGUCCGGAGGCGCUUAGUCAUCAAACUAGCGGGAACGUUGAUAGUCCGAACUAUGGCAAACCUAAAUUUAAGGUACAUUUUAAGUCGGACGUUUGGUCCUUGGGCUGCAUUUUAUACCAACUGGUGUAUAGAAUAACUCCGUUCCAGCAUAUCAGCCAAAUGUGGGCCAAGUUAGCCGCCAUAACGAACCCUGAUCACAAAAUUAAGUUUCCGCAGAACCAAACGGUGUCCCCUAGAAUAUUAAACACGAUUAAGAGAUGUUUGAGGUACGAUACUAAGGCCAGGCCGUCGGUAGACGAGCUCAUUUUAGAAUACGAGGAACUACUUAAGAUUAUUGGUAAUUGUGAUAGUUAUUGAUGAGUAUUUUUUUAGAGUAGUAAACCCGUUUUAAUUAAUUCAUCUUAAGCCCAGUUUUGUAUUAAAUACUUGCAUAUUUUUAUACCAACAAAGAAUUUAAUAUAUUAUUUACUUAGUAAA